CAUUCAAAAUGGCCGCGCCCAUAAAAUUGAAAAAAUUUCUUCUUUCGUUUUCGUGUAUUUUUGUCGUCUUAUUGCCCGCAGACGUAGAAACAGCAACACCACAAUAUGAAAAACUUUCUAAAAAACAAGUUUUCAAAAAAGAUAAAAAGACUGUCAUGAAACUAGACCUGUAUUGCUUCGAAGGAGAGAAACCAUUUUAUGCCAAACUAUGGAUGCAACCGUUGGUGGUGCUGAAGGGCGGCGAGGACGUGACAAUGUACGAAGGCGUGAACAACACCGAUGUUGAAGAGAAGUACCACAAGGCCCAGAAGAGCUGGAUGAGUCUCCUCGUACCGAUCAUCCCAUGGAAACAGGAGAGUAUCUACUUUAACCCAUUUCAGAGCUCAUGUAUUGGUAUUGUUACCAAGGAGCAGUACACACUUUCCUUUGAGACAAAAUUUUUUGACUACCGGUUGGUGUUGAUGACAGCCAUUGGUAUCUUUCUUUUUAUAUUUGCUGAUUCGCUCAGUGGGAAUAUUUUGUUCUACUACAGCACGGGCAUCAGUGUGGGAGUGCUUGCUUCAUUUCUUAUCGUCUUGUUCAUAAUCAGCCGGUUCAUACCGAAGCGUACGGGUGCUAUAGCAGUGUUCACCGCUGGUUCAUCCAUCUCCCUAUACUUCCUACAAUAUCUCUACAGAAAUAUAUCGGACGUCUUACAAGAAUAUAACCGAUAUGUCAUAGGAUAUUUUGUGAUCACCGGCGUGCUCAGUUGGACGUUCUGCUACUGGCGUGGCCCGGUAACAAAUGUGCGGACGUUAAAUCUGAUCAAGUGGUCCAUCCAGCUUCUCUCGUUGAUCCUCAUCUAUAACAGUAUACAGAUACCGAUGAUGUCCAUUGUUAUUAUCGUUGCCAUGGUGAUCAUACAUAACUUCCCUUAUUUUGCUGUGGACUUCAUAUCAAGGCGGUUCAAACGAACGUGGCACAAGCGAUUUCCCCCAAAGAAGAAGCGACUCACACAGGAGCAGUACACACUUGAAGCCGAGGUGGAGACAAGAAAAGCUCUCAAACAACUCAGAGAAUAUUGCCGCAGUCCUGACUGUAACGCGUGGAAGACUGUCAGUAGGUUAAAGUCUCCUGGCAGAUUCGCUCAGUUUGUGAGUGGAGGAGACGUCCGCUGUCAUGUGACAGAGGAUGAAAUCGAUGCAUAUGAAUCCGAUCCUAACCCGCCAUAUUUAGACACAGAGGACGACGAGAGUUUCGAUCGGUAUGAAGACUCAGUGGAUUUUACGCUGAACUCUCCAAGAUAAACGUUGGCAAGGACUCGAUGAUCUCUCCAUGAUAAACAUUGGCAGGGACUCAUGAUCUCUCCAUGAUAAACAUUGGCAGGGACUCAUGAUCUCUCCAUGAUAAACAUUGGCAGGGACUCAUGAUCUCUCCAUGAUAAACAUUGGCAGGGACUCAUGAUCUCUCCAUGAUAAAAACAUUGGCAAAGCCUCAUGAUCUCUCGAUGAAAAAAACAAGGGGCGACGACCAGGAUUUUUUGCAUUUUGUAAACUAUUGUUAACACUUUUAGUCAGUAGGUAUUUACACAAUUGGAAAUUAAAUUUUCAAGUUCAAUUUUGAGCAGAUGGAGAUGGUAUUUAAUGCAUAUCACUGCAGGUCCUUAUUAGGGAGAACACCAUGGUGUAUAUCACUGCCGUGUUUAUGUUCAAGCAUCAAUUAUAGCUUCUUUCCUAAGUCCAGAUUUCGACUGCCUUGACUGCAUGCAUGUUAUGAAAAAUACUGUGUUGACGCUAUUGAGCUGGUUUUGCCCAGUCUGUUACACAUAAUAAUAGGCCUUUUGUACAGGCGGCCAUCGACCAGCUUAAUAGAGCCUACACGUUAUAUCCUCCAUAUGUUUUAUUGUACCAGCACAGUUGUGUUAAAAUGUUUUAGUAAAAAAAUGUCGACUUGGAGAUGUCACAUGCAACAUGAUUUAUAAACAUGUGCAGAAGAAGA